AUGGCGCAGAGCUCCGGCUCGUAUUAUAAUGACUAUAUGCGCAGCAAUGCCAUGCUCAAGCAUUGCGGCGAACAAAAUGCAAAAAAACUAUUGACGGAUCGCAAUGCAUAUAUCUCGUUUCUUGAGGUGCAACUAGAGCGAGUGUCGGCUGCGUGUUUGACCUCGCAAACAUUCGAAAAACGCCUUGCAGAGAUCGAGAGUGCCCACAGUGCUACCGACCAGAAGGUCGGAUUGCUCUCCAAGGUAUUUGAACAUAACCAGAAUUAUGUCGGGCAGAUAUCGCAGCAGACACGAAGUGAGAUUGCAGGAUACACAGCCAAAUUCGACUGCUCGAUUAAUAAACUUUCGGCCGAGUUAGAGCGGCAGUUUCCGCGGGUUGACACACUGGACGAACAAUUUCGGCAAUGCCAAAAGUAUUUGCUGCGCUUGGUAGAAACGAACGAUUUAUCUCUGAAUGAUGUCAAAGAGCAAACCCAGCAAGAGGUUGAGAAGUUGAAAGCGCAAGUAGUUGCUUUCGGUGCUCGAAUCGAAGAAAUUCACUCAAGUUGUAUAACGAGACAGCGAAAAGUCGAGGAAGUGACAGACGCGGCAUUCCAUAAGCUUGACAAGGAGCUGGAAACAAUCCACUCAUAUGUGUCAGAAAAUAGUUUCGAGCUGGAGAGAAAAGUGAUCCAACUGGCGAAUGCAUUCUUACGGGUCGAAGCAUCAGAGACCGCAGACUUUUACAAAACACAAACUGUUGAGUUUCAGCGGCAACUUGACCAGCUACAAAACAAACUGGAGCACGGACACAUUAAGAUGAAGAACGUGCUAAAUAAGUGUCUCGACAGUCAGCACCUUCUAAGUGACACCAUGGUAGCACUCCGAUCCGAGGUUGAUGACAUCAAGAAUGGUGAUGCUGCUGCUUUCCCCGUGGGCACCACAACAAUGCCAAUUUCGGUCGAAGACUUACUCAAUCGACAAAGCAAACUGAAGUGUGCGUUGAAGGUGCUACAAGUUUGUGCUCUUGAAGCUCAGCAGACGUGCGAAGACCGCAGUAAGAAACUCAGUGAUAGAAUGGCAGCUGCUGAAGAUUUGUUUGAUAUUCGAGCAGACGAUUUGAGGAACAAUAUGCUUGCUGCCCUUAACACUAUCGGAGACAGGCUUAACCAAGAUGCAUGCAAGACGGCAAGGACCACGGAAACACAGAAGGAAGUUGGUUUCGAGAUCGGAACGAAAUCCUUAGAUACUAUCGGGAGGCGUUUGGGUGCAUUGGAAAAAAGUGUUUCGACACUCAAGCAAUGUCCAGCAUUCUUGGACGCUUUGGGUCAAGCAAGAGUCAUUCAAGAUCAGCUUUCGCAUGAAUAUGUAGAUAGCGUCGGUGAAUCGCAAACUGAUAAUUGCCCUCGCGGACAGGAAGAGCUUCAACAGCGACUAAUUGGAUGCAGUGGCGAAAAACAGUACCAAUCAAAACGAUUGCACCAGCAAGAUCAGCCUAGUAAAGAGCAGCGACCUAUGAUUGCUGAGGGUACAUCAUCACAUUUGUCCAUUGCAUCUCCCAAUUUCCCAUCUGGUAUUGCAAUUGAGGAAGCUUCACGAAGAGGUCACUCCUUGAAGCAAAAGAGAAUCGGUAAACGAAGUUUAAAGAUGGCACAAGCAGCUUCGGCAUCGAAUCUUAUUCAGCAAGCAAGACAUCAGCGUGAUCAUCGAUAA